AAAGAUGGACACCAUGAUGCUGGACAGGUUCCAGCAGCUUAGACCAGAGGAUCUUGAGUACAAGUCAGUCUGGUUCAUACAAAGAGAACUUGUCUUAAAACACAUGCAAGAAAAGAGUCAUUUACAAAAUACCAGUUAAAGUCGAGCAUGGCGGUACACAUGCAGAGUUCCAGCAUUUGGAAAGUGAGAUACAAGGAUCAGAGUUCAGGGCCAGCCUGGGCUUCAUUUGUUUCUGAUUAACCAACCAACCAAAAACCUAACUAACCAACCAUAAAAAAAAGGAAAAAAAAAACCUAGUUUGAAACCUUGCUUUAAAAAGUAAAUGAUGUGGUUGGGGAUUUGGCUCAGUGGUAGAGCUCUUGCCUAGGAAGCGCAAGGUCCUGGGUUCGGUCCCCAUCCCCGGGGGGGGGGGGGGGGGAAGUAAAUGAUAACUUUGUGGUUUACUUGUCUCCUUAGGCCAAAUUCUCACUUGUUAUCUCUAUAAUACAGAUAUAUAAAGUCAGCAUUCCAAUUUAGAUAUCUUAGAUCUAGAUUUAAAAAAAAAAAUAACCACUGAACACUUCAGACACACCAGAAGAGGGCAUCAGAUCUCUUUACAGAUGGCUGUGAGCCACCAUGUGGUUGCUGGGAAUUGAACUCAGGACCUCUGGAAGAGCAGUCAGUGCUGUUAACUGCUGAGCCAUCUCUCCAGCCUUUUUUUUUUUUUUUCCACUGAACACUUUUUAACAUGUUAUUUUGUAAUUUCCAAGUAGGUUAGUUGCAUUCUGUCUAGGCUCCUUUCAAAAGAAGUAAAAUUAACAGUAUAUUUUUGUCUUGGUAUCCAUGGGUGAAUUACAGAAUUUAACAGGUAUUUAGAACAGAUCUUCCUACUUCGUGCAGUAAUGAGUGUGAGAUACACUCAUUAUUAAAGGACUGUGAAAAAAAAAAAAAAGGACUGUGAGAAUAGCUGACAGAUGCGGCCUUUCAAAAGGAAACCACUUUACCUAAUGGCACCUAAGGAACUGGAAGCACCAAAAUAACCCAUUAGGGACCGCUGGGUACACUAAAAAAUAUGGCAAUCGUGAUUAAUUUGUAAAUCUCCUGGCAGGGAUGAGGAAAGGUUAGAAAAAAAGUUUAAGGGAGGGCUUUUAAUGACUGGUCAAACAUGAGUCACUGAAAGUUUCCAGUUAAGGCUCCCUUUACCGGACAUCACUGGCCCAGUUCUUUAUGAGCCACACGCAGUUUCAGCUGUAACAUCUCACGGUUUUACUGCCUCUUCCACAAAUGAAUACAUAAAAGGAAAGACGCUUCCCACUGGCUUUGAAAUGUAGGGCAAACUCUGGCGGGGCGGUGGAGAGAAAGAGAACAAGGUAUAUAGACUGGGAGACAGAGAAGGCAGAAAAGGCGCUGAAAAGGGAGAAAAAAACCUUUCCUCUAGGUUAGGCCUGCGAACUGUGUGUGCUCACAGGCUGGGAUGGAUCGUCGCUGCGGAAGGGCACGGCCCACAGCCCUGCCCGAGCUGAGUACAGCCUGCCCCUGCCCCCACUCAGCGACAGAUGGGCCACCAGACCUCAGCCUCCUCGCGCUGCCUGCCGGGAGCUCCAGCCGCUUCCGGUGACGCUUGAUCGCUGAACUCCGACUCCCGUCAGCCCCCGAGAAAACCGCACCAGGUCUACGGGAGUGCUGUCGGAACUUGUAGUUUAGCUAUAGGCUGCGCUUCGUUGGCGGGAACGCAGGCAGACGCAGACGAGAACUACCGAGGCGAAGGUACGGGUGGUAGCAAGAGGUCAAUUCUCGCUAGACGUGGGGUUGGCGGUGAGGCCGGCGGCGGUAGUUGGGGUUGGGUGGGAGGAGAUCCUUUCCGCACACACGAGGAAGGUUGAGCCGCUGUCGCCCCGGUCGCGAGUGCUCAGUCUGGACUGUAGCUGCUGCCCAGGACGCCGGCGAGUGAGUCGUUGGUCUCCAGCUCCCCAGUCUUGCCACCUUCCCUGGGUCAUUGCGGCCUGCUCCUCCCCGGUCGGCCGCCCCCGCCUCCAUUUCCCGCCCUCUCUUCACCACACACACGGCCCCCCCGAUCAUGGAUCCCAGCAGCGGAGGUGGUGGCGGAGGCGGCGGCGGCGGCGGCGGGAGCAGCAGCAGCAGUAGCGACUCUGCGCCCGACUGCUGGGACCAGACCGAUAUGGAGGCUCCCGGGCCGGGGCCUUGCGGCGGUGGCUCCAUGGCCGCGGUGGCCGAGGCCCAGCGUGAGAACCUCAGCGCGGCUUUCAGCCGGCAACUCAACGUCAACGCCAAGCCCUUCGUCCCCAACGUCCACGCCGCGGAAUUCGUGCCGUCUUUCCUGCGAGGUCCGGCCCAGCCGCCGCUAUCCCCGGCUGGCGCGGCCGGCGGUGACCACGGAGCGGGCAGCAGCGCGGGAGGCCCUUCGGAACCUGUGGAGUCCUCUCAAGAGCAGUCAUUGUGUGAAGGUUCAAAUUCUACUGUUAGCAUGGAACUUUCAGAACCUGUUGAAAAUGGAGAGACAGAAAUGUCCCCAGAAGAAUCAUGGGAGCACAAAGAAGAAAUAAGUGAAGCCGAGCCAGCAGGUGGUGGUUCCUCAGGAGAUGGAAGGCCACCAGAGGAAAGCACCCAAGAAAUGAUGGAGGAGGAAGAAGAAAUACCAAAACCUAAGUCAGUGGUGGCACCACCAGGCGCUCCUAAGAAAGAGCAUGUAAAUGUAGUGUUCAUCGGGCAUGUGGAUGCUGGCAAGUCAACCAUUGGAGGACAAAUAAUGUAUUUGACUGGAAUGGUCGACAAAAGAACACUUGAGAAAUAUGAACGAGAAGCUAAAGAAAAAAACAGAGAAACUUGGUACUUGUCUUGGGCCUUAGACACAAAUCAGGAAGAGCGAGACAAGGGUAAAACAGUAGAGGUGGGCCGUGCCUAUUUUGAAACGGAAAAAAAGCAUUUUACAAUCCUAGAUGCUCCUGGCCAUAAGAGUUUUGUCCCAAAUAUGAUUGGUGGUGCCUCUCAAGCUGACUUGGCUGUACUGGUAAUCUCAGCCCGGAAAGGAGAGUUUGAAACUGGAUUUGAAAAAGGAGGACAGACAAGAGAACAUGCGAUGUUGGCAAAGACAGCAGGUGUCAAACACUUAAUCGUGCUUAUUAAUAAGAUGGAUGAUCCAACAGUAAACUGGAGCAAUGAGAGAUAUGAAGAAUGCAAAGAGAAAUUAAUACCAUUUUUAAAGAAAGUUGGCUUCAAUCCCAAAAAGGACAUUCAUUUUAUGCCCUGCUCAGGACUGACAGGAGCAAAUCUUAAAGAGCAAUCAGAUUUCUGUCCUUGGUACAUUGGCUUACCAUUUAUUCCAUAUCUGGAUAAUUUGCCAAACUUCAAUAGAUCAGUUGAUGGACCAAUCAGGCUGCCAAUUGUGGAUAAGUACAAGGAUAUGGGGACUGUGGUCCUGGGAAAGCUGGAAUCUGGAUCCAUCUGUAAAGGCCAGCAGCUCGUAAUGAUGCCCAAUAAGCACAACGUGGAGGUCCUUGGAAUACUUUCUGAUGAUGUAGAGACGGACUCUGUAGCUCCAGGUGAAAACCUCAAAAUCAGACUGAAAGGGAUUGAAGAGGAAGAGAUUCUUCCAGGAUUCAUCCUCUGUGAUCUUAAUAAUCUUUGUCAUUCUGGACGCACAUUCGAUGCCCAGAUAGUGAUUAUAGAGCACAAGUCCAUCAUCUGCCCAGGGUAUAAUGCGGUGCUGCACAUUCACACCUGUAUCGAGGAAGUCGAGAUAACGGCCUUAAUCUGCUUGGUAGACAAAAAAUCAGGAGAAAAAAGUAAGACUCGACCCCGUUUUGUAAAGCAAGAUCAAGUAUGCAUUGCUCGUUUAAGGACAGCAGGAACCAUCUGCCUGGAGACCUUUAAGGACUUCCCUCAGAUGGGACGUUUUACCUUAAGAGAUGAAGGUAAGACCAUUGCAAUUGGAAAAGUUCUGAAACUGGUUCCAGAGAAAGACUAAGCAUUUCCUUGAUGACCCUGCACAAUACUGUGAGGAAAAUUGACUGCAAAAGCCUACUUCACACCGCCUUCUCUUACUUUCUGCCCAUUGACAAACCUCUCCCCAUAUUUUGCAAAGAAAAUUCCCAGCAAAAGUCCACAUCAUGUCAGCUUUCUCAUAUUGAGAGCUUGGCUAUGCCAGUUUGACUUCCCCAAGAGUUUGCCCCACAAACUUUGCUUCCUUGGACACAUUUGGCAAUAGCUUUGUAAGUGAUGUGGACAUGAUUGCCUACAAUAAGGAAACCUACAGGAAGUUUUUUAUUUUUCAUUUUCCCCUUAGGCAUAGUUAGUCUUUUUCUCCCCAGGCAGAUCAUUCUGAGUGUGCAAGUGUGUGUGCACAUGUUAAAAAGACAACUACCAUGUUAAUAAAAUAUUCAAUUUGAAA